AUGCACCUAUGUUCAUUGGAAGCUUUUAUUGAAAUCGUUAGAGACGUGAGAAAACAGUUUAAAUUUUGGACCAUUGAUUGUGCUGGAAGGGAAGUUCAUUCGCGCAUUAAAUACGAAAUAAGGAUUACAAACAUAUUGUCUGUAUUAAAUGUUGUUAUUACUCUAUAUGCUUCCUACUGGUAUACUCACCCAAUUGACGAUGAUAAAGAAAUCUUCUAUGCGUUGAGAUUUUUCGAAGAGUAUUGGCCACGUCAAAAGAGGGUUCUUAGCAUCAUUUAUAGAGCAACUUUUCCAUUGUUUGCUUAUGUCAUGAUUGUGCACGCUUAUCAAGUCAUCUAUGCCACCCAACACUUACGAUUUCAAGCAAUUUUAUUUAUUAAGUAUGUUGUAAAUAUUGGAGAACAAAAGACAAAAAUCUGUGACGAAAAGCUCUUUUAUGACACCGAUUAUCAAAAAAUUGUAGCAAAAAGGCUCAAGUUUUGCAUAAUAAGGCAUCAAGAGUUUCUAGCGUUCCAUCGAUUGAAAUUAAAAGAAAUACGUAAUUUUAUAGUUACGUUUUCGAUACUUGGAGGUUUACUGUUAUUCAGCUUUGGCCUUCAUCUUUUGAUAGGCAAAUUUCACUACGAGCAUUACGUACGUUUUGGUGUCGGAGCAUUUGCUGCUGUCUUCACAUUUGGGGCUUUAAUUCUAGCCGGGCAGUCAAUCGAAGUUCAGGCUGCUAAUGUCGUACAUUCAUGUAAUUCAAUCAAAUGGUAUACAUUUAAUGAAAAGAAUAAGAGAAUUUAUAGACUUAUGCUAAUCAAUAUCAUGCAGCCUUGUAAGCUCAAAUUUUCAGAAAAUCUUUCAGUUAAUUACUCGUUAGGAGUUUCUAUCGUUCGUGGAAUUUUUUCAAUACUUUCAGUUGUAGCUAAAGUUUACUUCGACCUUUAG